UACCGACUACCACCACCGCUUACCAUUCAUCGACAUCCCCCUGCCCGUUCCCACUCGCCGACUACCAACACCUCCACCACUCGACAGUCACCACUACCGCUGUUCGCUCUAGUUGCGUACGUCCGACUUCGUACGGUACUAUACUUAUAUAUCGUUUUACAUUUUUUUACAUUGUUCCAGCUGCAGUGGUAGUCGUGGUGUCCGCGGCCGCGUUCCAAAUUUAUCUCCGUACGCACGCACGCACGCACGCCGCUCGGCAUCUUGCGCUAGAACAAUAACAACAAAAGACCGACCGACCAUUUAUUCGCUAAUCGCUAAUUACAUAUUUUAAUUUUAAUAACAUGCCGCGGAGCCCUCAUUGAGUGUAUAAUAUAAUAUAAUAAAUUACGAUGUCCGGUGUAGUCGGUGGUUCGUGACGCAAAUAUUUUUCGCCGACCCGCCUGUGGUUUUCGCAUUACGAUUUGUUCGGUUUCCUCAAAAAAUAUAAACGAAAUAACAAAUAAACGGCCCGCUCGCUCGAUGACCGGUACGACAACGGUUAUUCGGUAUUCGGACGACUUCUCCGUCGUCGAGUCUUCGUCGUGACGACAGGUGGACGCGAAUACCGAGUGCCGAGUGUCAUCGGUCGGAUUGUUCAGAGUGACACGGAGCGACGAGAGAUUGUGACGGUUCGCAUUUGUCUUGCGUGUAGUUUUUUCAAAGUCCGGGUUCGUUCACCGACGCCGAAGACUCGUGACGGGAUGGAAAUCGAUGAGCAGCUGACGCCGACCGACGACGUCUUAGCUUCCGCAAAUCACAUCGACUAUUCCGCGAUCAUAAUUUAGCCCGACCCUAAAACCCUUCGCACAAGAAGAUUUCACUGCUUAUUCCAAAAUGUCUUCCCAAGUAGAUUACCAAUGGGCAUAUACAAUAAUGGAUUCAUCUCGGGUCUCCACAUUUUUGAUAUCUAUUCUGUUAAUUGUUUAUGGCAGUUUCAGAUCUUUAAAUAUGGAACAGGAAGCUAGAGAAAGAGAAAAAGAAAAAUCUAAGAGCUCUAAUGGAAGCUCUGUGUGCUUAACAGAUAUUAGUAAGCGAAAACAAGAUGUUCAAACAUUGGAUACUAUGCAAGCUUUGUGUUUGCCUCUGGGAGCUUCAAUAUCAUUGUUAGUCAUGUUUUUCUUCUUUGAUUCUAUGCAAAUGUUAUUUGCAAUAUGCACUGCAAUUAUUGCUACCGUUGCAUUGGCAUUUCUCCUGCUGCCUAUGUGUCAGUACAUUAUUAAUCCUUGCUCAGAUGGAAAUAAGAUCUCUUUUGGUAUAUGUGGUCGUUUUACAACUGCUGAGCUGCUGUCUUUUUCAAUGGCAUUGUUUAUAGUGUGUAUCUGGGUAUUGACUGGACAUUGGCUGUUAAUGGAUGCAAUGGGAAUGGGACUUUGUGUAGCAUUUAUUGCUUUUGUCCGACUUCCUAGUCUUAAAGUGUCCACUCUUCUGUUGACUGGUCUUUUGAUCUAUGAUGUUUUCUGGGUGUUUUUCUCGUCAUACAUAUUUAACACCAACGUUAUGGUCAAAGUGGCAACACGGUCAGCAGAAAAUCCUGUCGGAGUAGUGGCCCGAAAGUUACAUAUUGGCGGAGUUGCCAAAGAAGCACCAAGGUUAUCUCUUCCUGGAAAAUUAGUAUUUCCCAGUAUUCAUAACGGUCGGUUUUCAAUGCUUGGGCUUGGAGAUAUAGUUAUGCCUGGCCUAUUACUGUGUUUCGUGAUGCGGUAUGAUGCGUAUAAGAAAUCUCAGCUUCUACAUUUUGGAGAAACUGGUGUUCCACCUCCAAGGCAUCUAGGCAGAAUAAGUUAUUUCCACUGUUCGCUAAUUGGAUACUUUCUGGGCCUAGUUACUGCUACUGUGUCUUCAGAGAUUUUUAAAGCAGCCCAGCCAGCUCUACUCUAUCUAGUUCCAUUUACACUUUUACCUCUUUUGACCAUGGCCUAUUUAAAGGGUGAUUUAAGAAGAAUGUGGAGUGAACCAUUUAUAAUACAACAGCCUUCCAAACAUAUGGACGUAUAGUCUGCGGUAGCAUUUACUAUUAUAAUGUAUGUUUAUUUUUAGAACCAUUUUUGUACAAUUUUCUCUUUUAAUUAUUUUGUGUAAUAGAUCUGCAUACGGUUUGCUCUUUUUACUUAAAGGGAUAUAUGUAUAAAAAAAAUACUAUGAUAGGUCUUAUGUUUUCUGAAAAUCAAGUUAUAUUUUUACAAGUUAUUUCUUCUCCAACAAUAAUUUGUCUUUUUAUCAAUUAAAAUAUUGUGAUGUUCAUUUAAUUCCAUUUCAAUGAGUUUCCAUUUAUAUUACACAUGAUAUACAUAAUAUAAUAUUUAUAGGUAUAUUUAAAUUUUUUCAUACUUUAUAAACUUUUCGUUAGGAUGGGCUUGUCUUGUUAGUUUUUUUUGAUAAUAGAGGUGGCCAAGUAUCAAAAUAUUUAAAUAAAUCACUUAUUAUUUUAAUUCAAAGUAUUCAGUACUUAAAAUAUAAAAAUUUACAUAUUUUGAUUUUACAGUUAAUGCAGAGAUCUAUUUAUUAUAUUUCAUCAUUGAGAAUAAUACUUAAAAAUUCUAACAGAUGUUUUUAAGCAUAAUUUUUUUUAUCUAGUUUUAUUGUAUACUAUUUUUUAUUGUGAAAAAAAACUGAAUUUAAUGAAUUUUUAAUCAUAAUAUUUAAUUUAAAUUUAAAUUGCGUAACCAUUUAAGCAUUACAUUUGCACAUUAUAUGCAGCUAUUAUCAUUUUGAGUUUUCUGGAAUCUAUGUAAGUAGAAAAUCUUUUUAGAUUUGAGAUUUAUUUAUAUAUGAAUUCGAUUUUUGACAAGUGUUAGUUAUCAAACUAAAUGAUUGACGAGAAGUUUACCUAAGACUGAUUUAUUUUCUUUUUUCUUUAGUAUUAUUAUUAUUUUUUAUAAUUGAGCAAAAUACCCAACUUGUAUUAUCUGAAAUGUGUUUUAUAACUACUAAUCAUUGUAUUGUAUCAUAUUUGUUUUAAGGUUUAUAGUAUAAUGUCUCACUAAAUAUAUUUGAUUUUAAGAAGUUAAAUUCAUAUAUGUAGUUUCUAACAGAAUAAUAUUUACCAAUUUUAUAAUCUCAUCAUCCCAGAAAACAUUAUACAUAUAUAUAUAUAUAUUUGAUUUAUCUUCUGUUUGUAAUUACAGUAAGUAUUGUAUGUAUUAUGUAUUUUAAUCUAUCUCUCAUCUUUAUGACCACCUGGUUUUAAGUUAAAUAGUAUUUAUAUUAUGUUAUUAAUUGGCCUACUGUAUUAAGUUUAAUAUACAUAAAUUACUCAUAAAUAUGAACAUAUUGUAUUCAUCAUAUUAUUAUUGUUAUUAUAUGAAAACAAAAAUUGAACAAAAGCAUUUGAUUAAAAAAAAAUAGGUAUUGUAAUUAUUUUGAAGAUAAAUUAUAGCGCUUUAAUAAGUUGUGAUGUUUUUAAUAUCAGAGGAAUACCUUUUUAUAAAAUUUAAUCACCUCACUAUAAUAGGCUCUUGGAAUACGUUAAGUAACUUAUGCCACAGUUUUAUCAUGUACCCUUUUUUUUGUGACUGUGAAUUGUGAUGUUAAAAUAAUAACAAUAACUCACUUUUGAAACAAAAAAACAAAAGUAGUGUACAUGUUGACUAUUUUUUUUUUCUAUAAUAAUAUAUUCCUAGUAUAAUUGUAACAUAAUAUUAUUACUAAUGUUAAUCAACAUUUAAUAAUAUUAUUGCUCGUCAAACAAAGAUACUUAACUUAAUACUGGGUUAUAAUUUUGUGUUAUGUUUUUGUAUUUGAUAAUUAAUAUUAUGUUCAUCAGACUUAGGCCAAAAUAAUUAAUGAUAAAUAAGAAAAAUACAUGUGAUAAUAUUGUUUUAUUCUAGAAAUAGUUUAUAAUUUUUUUACCCGUUCAUGAGGAUUACUAAACGCUCUUGUGACCUGCAAUUACUUCGAAUUUGUAAGUUAUUAUAGUAAUCUUAUUGUUUUUUUUUUUUUUUUUUUGUUACACUGAUACAUUAUAUUAUAUUAUAUUA